AUGGCACGGAGUAAGCUUGUGAAGGCGGCUGCUACAAAGCAAGCGGACAAGUCAAAGCCAAAAGCUAAGGCUUCCGCAAGGCGCGGGGCUGCCACACCUGUGCCUGAGCAACUUGCAGAGCAGCAAGAUGUAGAGUCCAAGGCUGCGCCAUUAGCAGAGCAGCAAGAUGAGUCCAUGGCUGAGCCACUUGCAGAGCAGCAAGAUUUCGAGUCCAUGGAUCUGGAGCAAAUAUUCGAUGAAGUGGGCGGCAUGCCAGUGCCGGGCCCACGGGCCGGACGCGACAUUUUGGUGUUGCUGAGCGGUCAACUCCCGUUGCGCACCAUUGCCAGAACGUUCGCUCAGGUGCAGCAGCGCGUCGCAGACCAAAUCGGCUUGAAUGUGGAAGACGUGCUUCUUUACAGCUUAGACCGAGUUGAGGUCACAAGUACAAGCAUUGCGGAGGCUUACGGCAACUCCACUCGAAUCGUGCUUCUUGCUUGCACGCCACGCGAGAUCCGGUAUAAGCGAUUCGGUGAGGUCAUCCGUGCUGCAGGCCUGCCGCCCAACUGGCUGCAAGACAAUGCGGAGAACGGCAUUGUCGCGAAGGACACGUUCUGCCAGCAACUUCGAUUGAUUUUGGCAAUGUGUUGUUGUGUUCGUUGGAUCAAAGCGAGAGAUUACCUGCUGUUUCUGCAACAGCAUAUACCGGCUUGGUGGGACAAGUGUUUCGGCCUGGGCGAAUCCCGCACUACGGCGGUCAGUCGAGAUCGGACUCCUCAUGCUCCUCGCAGUCCGCCCGAGCUUGCCAACACGGACAUCUCAGACUUUUGCAACGACCUCUCUACCGAUCAUGGUCAUGGCAUCCGAAUUUCCGCCAUCGAGACAUUAUGCAAUGAAGUCUUGGAGUGUGCAGUUGUCCAAACAGGGCUGCACGAGGGCCCAAGCAUCUGUUCACCAGUCUUGCUUCGAUUGACAACAGGUUUCGAAGUCACAUGUUUGGAGCCACCGGAGACGCUGUCCAGUGGCAUUGUGCGCAGGAAAGUGAGAUGUGGAGAGCUUUCCGGUUAUGUUACCAUCCUAUCUUGCUUUGGGACACAGUACUUCCGUCCCUCUUGGCCUUUUUUUGAAGCCCCUUUAGAGCCGGUGCUUGCUAGAGCGAAACUCCGUGCGGCUCGAAAGGAGGAAGACAAGGCGAUAAACACUGCCUUGAAUAUCACGAGCGAGGAACUUGCUAUGGACCUUCCUGCGGAUGAAGAGCUCCGCAAGACGAUAAGGCGACCAAGACCAUCUCCUCGCACUGACCACGCUAGAAUGGGCAGCAGGGUGGCGAGCGUCAUGAGAACCAUCCAGAAGCUGCAGAGCAGCAAAACUGCAGACCAGCUCUUGAUCCCGAAGAGCGCAUUUGCAGCUGUGGUGCGCGAGAUUGGAGAGGGCCUCAUGGAGAACGUGCGCUUCAGCACGGACAGCUUGAAUGCGCUGCAAACGGCGGCCGAAUGGCACUUGGUGGACCACCUUGCAGACACUUCGGCACUUGCGCAUCACGCUCGGCGCGUGACUGUGAUGCCAAAGGACUUUGCGAUGCUAAGGCAUUUGCACCGCGACUGA